UAAUAAACAGAAAAACUGCAUCUUCAACUCGAGCUUCCAUUUUGGCUUUGGUGGUGUACGAGUCGAGUUUCUGCGAGCGCUCUGCCACACCCUCUCCGUCUUCUCUCAACUGCUCUUCUGCUACCUUCGCCCUGAAGGAAGAGGAACGACAAUGGAGUCCACCGAGUCUUCAUACGUCUCGUCUCCUGAGGCUCCCGCGAAGCGAUCUCCACCGCCGCCAAAAUCUCCCAACUCAGACAAUAUGGACAAGGCCACAUACAUUAGGUUUCUUGUAUCAAAUGCUGCUGCUGGUUCUGUGAUUGGGAAAGGUGGCUCAACAAUUAAUGAUUUCCAGUCACAGUCUGGUGCACGAAUCCAAUUGUCAAGGAAUCAUGAAUUCUUUCCUGGAACCACUGAUAGGAUCAUUAUGGUAUCUGGAUCAAUAAAUGAAAUAUUGAAGGCCAUGGAACUUGUUCUUGCUAAGUUGUUGAGUGAGCUUCAUGCUGAAGAAGGAGAUGAUGUUGAACCGAGAACAAAAGUGAGACUGAUUGUACCCCAUAGUUCUUGUGGAGCUAUAAUUGGGAAAGGAGGGUCCACUAUAAAGUCAUUCAUUGAGGACUCUCAAGCUGGCAUUAAGAUAUCCCCCCAGGAUAAUAACUAUAUGGGAUCCACUGAUAGGCUGGUGACACUGUCUGGAACUAUAGAGGAACAGAUGCGAGCUACUGACUUGAUUGUCUCGAAGCUAUCUGAAGAUCCACAUUACACCCAGUCAAUGAAUUAUCCAUUUUCGUACCCGACAUCAUACAAUACUAUGAACUACGGAUCCAAUGGGGGAGCUGGAGGGAGGUUCCAGAACAAUAAGGAGGAACGGAGUAACUCCUUGACUAUUGGCGUUUCGGAUGGCCACAUCGGGUUGGUUGUUGGUCGUGGUGGAAGAAACAUACUGGAAAUUAGUCAGGCUAGUGGAGCCAGAAUUAAGAUAUCAGAUAGAGGAGAUUUCAUGUCCGGAACCACUGACAGGAAAGUAACAAUUACGGGGUCACAAAGGGCAAUCCGCACCGCUGAAUCGAUGAUUAUGCAGAAAGUAGCAUAUGCUUCUGAGAGGGUUCUAGCACAGUGAUAGAAUGAUUGGAAGUUCAGAAUGUUUGUAGUAGAAGCAAGGCCGGGAGAUUUUCAUUUUUACCAUUGAGGGAGAGCUUGUGAAUGGCGAUGGUCAGAGAAAUAGAGUUUAAAUUUGUCGAAGCGUUGGGAGAAGCCAGCAUUUGAUUGAGUCGAAUAGAAUGAUUAGCAGUUUCAAAUUGUUUAUACAAUUGUAGCCCCUUGAAUUUAUUUUUAUAUUUUUAUGUUUGAGAUUUUUAUCUCUAUUAAAUUGUUUGAACGUGCCUUCUCUUCAGAACAGAUUUUAGCUUCUUUAGGAUGUUCUAUUUUCAUUUAUGGGUGAAUUCUUUAGUCUUGAGUUAAUUUAAUAUUGGGCUUGCUGAGAAUUUUGGUUAUUGUAUGUGCUGUUUUUAGCGGAGCGGUAAUUGACAUCUGUUCUUUCUCUGAA